AUCCCCCCACAUUUAUCCUCUCACACACACACACACACAACUUCACUGUAACGUUAGACCGCGGGGCUCAUAAACCGCUGUGACGACCGUUUGGAGAAGUAGCUAGCCAGCCAGCCCUCUCCCGGCGACAGGAAAUGAAGAGGAGGCUACAUAAGAAAUACUUGGUUUUAAUCCUGGCAUAUUCAGGUUUACUUCUGCUAAUCCCAUACGUGUUAGAUUACAGGGAUAAAUCCGUUCACGGACUGCCGCAGCAACAGCCCAGAUGCCCAGAUUUGGAGAACACAGCGUUGCUAUGGGAUAACGGUUACAAACUUAACGCAAGCGAAGCAACGGAGCACGCCGUCAACCGGAGCCAGUCUCGGAUACACAUCUACUUGCAUGCCACCUGGAGGACUGGCUCUUCGUUUUUGGGAGAGUUGUUCAACCAGCACCCCGAUGUUUUUUACCUAUACGAGCCAAUGUGGCACAUAUGGCAGGCUCUGUAUCCGGGGGAUGCGGGCAGUCUCCAGGGCGCAGUGCGGGACAUGAUGAACGCUCUGUACCGCUGCGAUUUCUCCGUCCUCAAACUUUACGCCGGCUCGCAAAACAUCACCACUUCGUUCAUAUUCGGCUGGAAAAUGAACAAGGUGAUCUGCUCGGAGCCGCUGUGCGAUGCGCACAAGCGACACGAAAUCGGGCUGGUGAAAGAGGACCAGUGCGCCAAGUGCCAAAAGCGGGACAUUAGGGAGCUGGAGAAGGAGUGUAAGAAGUACCCGGUGAUGGUGAUCAAAGGAGUCCGCGUUUUGGACCUGAGCACGCUGGUUCCUUUGAUGAGAGACCCAGGGAUAAACCUCCAGAUCAUUCAGCUUUUCAGAGACCCGAGGGCCGUGCACAACUCCCGCUUAAAGUCCAAACAGGCUCUGGUGAAGGAGAGCAUCCAGGUGCUGAGGAGUAAGAAGCAGACCGACAAGUACAAGCGGCUGCUCGUGCCGAACAACAGGGUGAACCGGGCUGAGAGUUACGUCUCCAGCGCCAUGGAGCUCAUCUGCGACAACUGGCUCAGUGACAUGAUGCUGGUGAUGAACGCGCCCCACUGGGUGCGGAGGAACUACCUCCGCCUCCGCUACGAGGACCUGGUCCUGAAACCCAUGGAGGAGCUCCAGAGGCUGCUCCACUUCUCCAACCUGUCCACCUUCUCUGCUCUGGAGAAGUUUGCGCUGAACAUGACGCACGGCCAGGGCUAUUCGUCGGACAAGCCGUUCCUGAUAUCAUCCAGGGAUGCAAAAGAGGCUAUAUAUGCCUGGAGGGAGCGACUCAGCGUCGUGCAGAUCGACCAGGUGGAGGCCUACUGCAGCGAAGUCAUGAGGCAGCUGGGGUAUGAGAAAAGCAACAUGGACAAAACAACAUGAGGAUGUCAUGAUGGGGAAUCCAUUGGUUAAGGGGCCCGGUAUUCUACGCUGAGGGCAAAAGGUGGAAUAGCAAAACAAGCAGCUGGAAUGUGGUCCGCUGGGAGCUCCGAAGCAUGGCUCUUGGGUUUGUUUUCCUUCAGCCGAGGCGGCUCCAUGAACUGGAGAAAAUCCAAGUGGAAAGACCAGCCAAUCACAGACAGAUGAAUUUAGAAACGGGGAGAAGGCAGCUUUUAUUUUUAUUUUUUUUUACAGUGUUACAUGUUUAACACCAGCAGGGUGUAUGCAGAUAGAGAGAAUGAAGGAGAGGAAAUAAACAAGAAGAGAAAGGUGAGGCUGGUUAGUUACACUGGCCAGCCUCUGUCCUUCUGUCCCUUUAAGUAGCACUAAUCCAUCCUCAAAUCCCCUGCAGGCAAGUGCCAUAAAAAGCCUGAGAUGGGUCCUUCUUGGGAGAUGACCGCCAGGAUCCAGGGUGGCAGCGUCGGGUUCGCUCUCACCUGCGUUGCUUAUCCGUCCAGCCUAAGACUUAACCACAGUUGGCUCACUAACAAUGCCAAUGUAGAGAGCUUUGAAAGAAGAAACUACAGUGUUUUCUGGAUAAGAGGCCUAACUGAGAAACUAUUGUUCCGCCCCCGGCCCCUCAGGAAUCCAGACAGCUGCAGCGCCCCACUCACAAAACACUCACAUGGGUGUGAAAUGUUGUAAUAUCCCACAAACGUGUCUUGGAGAGCUGCCUGCGUCCUCUGCCAAUGAACUUUUUUGUUGUUGUUUUUUUUGCAGGUUUUCACAAACACAACAGACGGUACUGAUUCAUAUUGUGUAUCGUUCUUACUGUUUAUAGUUUUUGUCUUAAAUAUUGUAAAAUGCUGUGACAUCCCUCCGGCUAAGGAUGUGUUGAGAGAAAGGGGUCAAAAGUUUACCAGCAUCCACGUGUUCAACUUUAGAAGUUGGUUCUGUAAUUAUUGUUUCUAGGUUGGAAUGCCUGAAGAUGUUCUCUUGUCGAAGAAAGACAUAUUAUUUAAACUGACCUCAAUAAAGAGUUGGUAAAAACUA